AGAACCAACUAGCUAAUAAUAUAAAACACAUCUUUCUUUCUCUUCUCUCACAAACACAUUUCUUUCUCCAACUAUAAAAAUGGGCGCCGGAAUAUCAUCAACCGACUGUCCAAAUUCCGGCGAAGAAACACCGUCAACUCGCCGGAAACUUGAAGACAUACCGGAAAGUUGCAUAGCUAUGGUGUUGGCCCACCUCGACCCGCCGGAGAUCUGUCGUUUGGCCCGACUUAACCGGGCUUUCCGGCGGGCUUCCUCCGCUGAUUUUAUUUGGGAGUCUAAACUUCCGACGAAUUAUUCAUUCAUUAUUUAUAUGAUUUCUAAGUUGAAUCAUCAAAAUGACGAUGAAAUUGAUAAUGAUAUGAAGAUAUAUAGUAGUAGUAAUAAUAUUAAAUCGAUGGAUUUGAUUAAGAAAGACAUUUUCGCCCGCCUUUCUCGUCCCAAUCUUUUUGAUUCUGGUACUAAGGAAAUAUGGCUGGAAAAGAAUACUGGAAAUGUAUGUAUGUCAAUAUCAUCUAAGGCCUUGUCAAUUACUGGCAUUGAUGAUAGACGAUACUGGAAUCACAUUCCUACUGAGGAAUCUAGAUUCCAGACAGUUGCAUAUCUUGUUCAAAUAUGGUGGUUUGAAGUUUGUGGGGAGCUGGAGUUCAAAUUCCCAGCAGGGACAUACAGCCUGUUCUUUCGACUCCAGCUCGGAAAAUCCUCUAAGAGGUUCGGAAGGCGCAUAUGUAAUGCUGAACAUAUACAUGGAUGGAAUGUCAGACCAGUGCGAUUCCAGCUGACAACAUCAGACGGUCAGCACGCUUCGUCAGAGUGUUAUUUGGAUAAACCAGGAUCAUGGAUCCUCUACCAUGGAGGAGAUUUUGUCAUUAAGGAUCCUGAUAAAUUGACAAAGAUCAAGUUUUCAGCUAGGCAGAUUGAUUGCACCCACAUUAAAGGUGGUCUUUCUUUAGAUUCUGUGAAGAUUUUACCCAAGAGUAUAGCCAACCAAGCUUGUUAGAUUUUGUAGAUAUGUCAUAUAGUGAGGGAAUGAUAAAAAAAAAAUGGAACAGAAUAGUUUGUAGUUUGGUUCAUCAUAGUAGUUGGUUGUAUAAGGGUUUCCAUGUACAAAUGUCUGUUUUUCUAGGCCGAGCUCGGCUUCGUCAGAGGGCUUGGUAAUCUACGAGUAGUUCCGAGUUGCUUCCUGUCAUAGCUCAAAUGUAUAUAGUCAAGAUGUCUUUUUUUCUAGGGUGAGCUUGGCUUUGUUGGAGGGCAUGGUAUUCUACAAGUAGUUCAGAGUUGCUUCUUGUUAUAGCUGAAAUGUAUGUACAUAGUCAAGAUGUCUGUUUUUCUAGGACGAGCUUGGCUUUGUUAGAGGGUGUAAUCGUCCUUGAGUAGUUUCGAGUUGUUUGCCUUCUAUAUAGUUCAUGGAUAUUAAGAGCA